UUUUACGCGAAGCACCAUGGCGAUCCGUACGAAGCCGUCGACAUCGUCCUUGUCCGCGGCAAUGCUGCCGCGCAUCAUGGAGUACGCUGGGAAAUCGCAGACGGGUGUGACGCUGCAGGAAUUUCUCAAGUUCGGUAGCCACAUCUCGCCCUCUAAGUUGAUCCACAGCGCCAAGUUCCUCCAUGCCGAACUGCCCAUUCGACUCUCACAUCGCGUGAAGGAUCUCGACACGUUGCCAUACGGCCUCUGCCAAAUGCCGUCCGUGCAAUUGGUGAAAAAGUGGUACGUGAAGUCGUUCGAGGAGCUCGUGGCGUUCCCUCGUGUGCGAACAAGCGAAGACGAGCGCGCGUUUGCCGCCCUCGUCGAGUCCAUCUGGGAACGGCACAAUGGCACAUUGUAUACCAUGGCGCGCGGCGUGUACGAACUCAAGAAGAGCAUGCUAGCAUCUCGAUCGGCGGGGAAGCCAACGCUUUCCCUCUCGGACAUGCACGAUCUGCAUACGUUCCUCGACAAGUUCUACCUAAGUCGCAUCGGAAUUCGCAUGCUCAUGAGUCAACACAUUGCGCUCCACGAGCGAGAAAAUGGGUGGGUCGGGUGCAUCUGCGAGUCCACGUCUCCUGCUGAAGUCGCGCUUGCCGCCGUCCACACCGCGCGGCAUAUGUGCAUCCGCCAAUACGGCGACGCGCCCGAAGUUGAGCUCCACGGCCACACAGACUUUGUCAUGCCGUUCGUCCCGAGCCAUCUGCAUCACAUGCUCUUUGAAGUGCUCAAGAACUCGAUGCGGGCCGUGGUCGAGUUCCAUGGUGUGGACAACCCGCUGCCGCCCAUCAAGCUCGUCGUGGCGGACGGCGACGACAACGAAGACGUCAGCAUCAAGAUCUCGGACGAGGGCGGCGGCAUUCCGCGGAGCGCCCUCCCGCGCAUCUGGAGCUACAUGUACACCACCGCCAACGAGCAGGCGUUCGCGAGCCUUGAAGGCGACACCCCUAUGGACUUUGGCGGCGAGUCGCCGCUGGCGGGUCUGGGCUACGGCUUGCCCAUCUCGAGGCUGUUUGCGCGGUACUUUGGCGGCGAUUUGCAGAUCAUUUCCAUGGAAGGGUACGGCACCGAUGCAUAUCUCCACCUGAAGCGGGUCGGUGAUGCGUCCGAGCCGUUGCCGUGAGAUACAGUCUGGACAAACAAGUUGUAGUGUACAUAUGGUGGUGGUUGCGUUAAUAUUAAUAAUAAUACUCGAGAUGAUUUAUUUCCACGGAA